CGGAAACAAACCAUGUGCUAAGUGCUAACAUGGCGAUUUUUCUUGAUCAUCAACAUCAUUCAUAGCAAAUCGUUCUAAUAAUGUUCGAUUUUUAUGGGAUUGGCAUUUGAUGUCCAGUAUUUUAUACUUUUUGACCUAUUUUCAUCGUUUUGUACAUCAUAAAAUUGACGUGUAAGCAUGAGUGUCGACGCGUAUGGUCCAAGUUCUCAAACGUUGACAUUCUUGGACACCGAGGAAGCUGAUCUUAUCGGUGCUGAUACCCAAGGAUCAGAAUUUGAAUUUACUGAUUUCACUCUUCCAUCGCAAAGCCAAACACAGGCAUCCCAACACGAUCAUGGACUAACAACAUCCAGCCAAGUGAACGGCCUUGGACGGACAGAUCUUAACUCGAAACUUUCAAGUGUAGGGAAUACUAUAGCGGAAUUGCAAUUUGAGGAAGAAGAUGAAGCACUGUACAGUAGCAAGGAACUGCCAGAUCAUGCGUGCAAAUAUUGUGGUAUUCACGAUCCUGCAACCGUUGUUAUGUGCAAUAUAUGUAACAAAUGGUUUUGUAAUGGACGAGGUAACACCUCUGGAUCACACAUAAUUAACCAUCUUGUAAGAGCUAAACACAAGGAAGCAGCACUCCACCGUGACGGACCUCUCGGAGAAACGUUACUGGAAUGUUAUUCCUGUGGUGCACGGAAUGUUUUUGUUCUUGGUUUUAUACCAGCCAAGGCUGAUUCAGUUGUUGUACUUCUGUGUCGUCAGCCCUGUGCCGCACAAAGUUCUCUUAAAGAUAUGAAUUGGGAUCAAGAACAAUGGAAACCAUUAAUUUCUGAUCGUGCCUUUCUGUCGUGGCUUGUGAAAGUACCAUCAGAAGCUGAACAAAUGAGAGCUCGUCAAGUAACACCGCAGCAAAUAGGACGACUUGAAGAACUUUGGCGUGACAACGUUGAUGCCACUUUUCAAGACUUAGAAAAGCCUGGAGUGGACGAGGAACCCCAUCAAGUUCUGUUAAGAUACGAAGAUGGAUACCAAUAUCAGAAUAUCUUCGGUCCACUUGUAAAAUUAGAAGCUGAUUAUGAUAAGAGACUAAAGGAGUCACAAACACAAGAAGGAAUAGAGGUGCGCUGGGAUGUCGGCCUCAACAAGAAAACCAUUGCGUACUUCACGCUCGCCAAGACCGACAGCGACAUGAAACUCAUGCACGGGGAUGAACUGAGACUGAGAUAUGUCGGUGAGCUGCACAAAGCCUGGUCUGGUGUUGGUCACGUAAUCAAAGUGCCCGAUAAUUAUGGAGACGAUGUCGGUCUGGAGCUGAAGAGUGGAGCCGGAGCUCCCCUUGACUGCACUUCCAAUUUCGUAGUCGAUUUUAUCUGGAAGAGUACUUCUUUUGACAGGAUGCAGUUGGCUCUGCGCAAGUUCGCGGUGGACGAUUCGUCGGUUUCGGGCUACAUAUACCGCCGCCUCUUGGGACACGAAGUGGAGGAAGUCCUGUUUCGUGUGCAUCUGCCGAAACACUUCAGUGCGCCGAAUCUACCAGACCUUAACAGGUCUCAGGUAUAUGCUGUCAAGCAUGCACUUCAACGACCUCUCUCCUUGAUUCAAGGCCCUCCAGGAACAGGCAAGACCGUCACAUCGGCGACCAUUGUAUAUCAACUUGUUCGGCAAAACGGUGGCCCAGUACUUGUAUGUGCACCGUCCAAUACUGCCGUCGACCAACUCACCGAGAAAAUCCAUAGAACCGGACUCAAAGUAGUCCGUCUGUGCGCCAAAUCAAGAGAAGCUAUGGAGUCUUCUGUGUCGUUCCUGGCACUACACGAACAGGCUCGUGCCCUGGGCUCGGCCGACAGCGAGCUGCGCAAGUUGACGAGGUUAAAAGAGGAAGCUGGCGAAUUAUCUGCUGCCGAUGAGAGACGCUAUCGUGCACUUCGUCGUGCUGCAGAGAGACGACUUCUGGAUGCUGCUGACGUCGUUUGCACCACCUGUGUCGGGGCAGGGGAUCCGAGAGUCGCUCGAAUGCGUUUCCAGUCUAUCCUGAUAGACGAGGGCAUGCAGUCCACUGAGCCCGAAUGUAUGGUACCAGUGGUGCUCGGAGCCAGACAACUGAUUCUUGUCGGUGAUCAUUGUCAGUUGGGUCCCGUCGUCAUGUGCAAAAAAGCCGCUAAAGCGGGUCUGAGCCAGAGUCUGUUCGAGAGACUUGUGGUCCUUGGUAUUCGUCCUUUUAGAUUAGAGGUACAAUAUCGUAUGCAUCCUGAACUCUCACGUUUUCCGUCUGAUUUCUUUUACGAGGGUUCCCUUCAAAAUGGAGUAAGUGCAGAAGAAAGACGUUUACACAAAAUCGAUUUUCCUUGGCCCCGACCGGAUAGACCGAUGUUCUUUUACGUAACUCAAGGCCAGGAAGAGAUAGCCGGCUCGGGAACGUCCUACUUAAACCGAACGGAAGCGGCGAACGUAGAAAAACUAACGACCCGCUUUUUGAAAGCCGGCGUCCGCCCGGAACAGAUCGGCAUCAUAACGCCGUACGAGGGACAACGGUCGUAUCUCGUACAACAUAUGCAGUAUCAGGGAAGCCUACACGCCAAACUCUACCAGGAGAUCGAAGUGGCCAGCGUCGACGCCUUCCAGGGUCGAGAGAAAGAUAUCAUAAUCAUGUCCUGCGUCCGCUCGAACGAGCACCAGGGCAUAGGGUUCCUGAGCGACCCGCGACGCCUGAACGUCGCGCUGACGCGGGCCAAGUACGGCCUCAUCGUGGUCGGCAACCCCAAGGUGCUCAGCAAGCAGCCGCUGUGGAACCACCUGCUCGCCUUCUACAAGGAGCGGCGCGUGCUCACCGAGGGCCCGCUGUCCAACCUCAAGGAGUCCGCCAUCCAGUUCGCGAAGCCCAAGAAGCUCGUGAACGCGCACAACCCCGGCUCGCACUUCAUGUCCACGUCCAUGUUCGACGCGCGCGAGGCCAUGGUGCCCGGCUCCGUGUACGACCGCGCGCGGCCGCCGCGCGACCCGCUGGCCUACGUGGGCCCCGAGCGCGCGCCCGCCGCGCCCGUGCCCGCCGCCGCCUUCGCCGCGCUCGCCGCGCCGCGCGCGCGCCCGCCCGCCGAGCCGCCGCGCGCGCGCCGCCGCCCGCCGCGCCUCUCGCAGGAGCCGCUGUCGCAGCAGCCGCCGCUGUCGCUGUCGCAGGGCGCCUCGCAGCCCGACUUCAGCCAGGAGUCGGCCGCGCCCGACUGCCCGUCGCAGCCGGACGGGCUGCUGUCGCAGGACUCCACGUACCAGGGCGGCUUCCGCGCGCGCGCCGGCCAGUACUGAGAGCCGACCUCGCAGUUCCGGGGUGGACGACACGCUGCUGACGAGAGCGACUCGGCCGGGCUCGCCGCGGACCGGCGGCCGGCGCGCCGCGCGGGAGGUGCCUUCGCGCUCGAUUCGAUUCUCACGCGCGAGGAAUUAUAAUAAAUUACAGGAUAGAUAUAGAGAUGUUUGAUCAAAUAUUCGGGAAUUACACGCAUUGACACAUAGUAGUAUCGGACCCGCCCAGCGGCCCGAUUCGCUCCUGCGGGUCGGCGACCUUCAGCGCUAAAUUUGUUUAAACUCGUGAUUCGAUAAUCGUACACUGUCCCUGAGUGGAUACCGUUACCGCUACCGUUUUAAAUCCAAAGUACGGAAUCAUCAUCAUUCGCCCUUCAGUAGUUAACUUGUUUACUUCCAAACGAAAACAUACAGAGGAAAGGAUAGCGUGGUAGAACUGUACUCAAUUAGGGCAUCUUUUUCGUGGUUUUGUUUCCAUUAUUCAUUAUCCUUGGUAUAAGCAAUCAUUAAAAUCAAUGCUCCGUAUUAGACAAUAUUCAGCAAUAAAUGCUUGUUGUUUUUCCUUCAUAAACUAGGAUGUUAUUGUUACGUAAAUACUGAAUAUAUACCAUUGAGGGUACAGAGUAACAAAAAUUAGACAAUGUGUUAACAAUAUCAUAUGUGUAGUCGUUAGUAGUAAUCCAACACAAUAUGACCUAUUGUUAUGUUUUAAUGUCUUCAUUUUUUAUUUAAAAACCUUACACUAAAAUCGAUGUUCAUAUUUACAUAUGAAACUAAUUCAAACAAUUACGAUUAUUUUUAUUUACAUGUCUGUACAAUUGAUAUUAACUAAUCAAAGAUUAUAUUAACAUCUUAUAUCGGCUCUGACAUUCAGAAAUUUUACCUCAUUUUAUUUAGUAUAGAUUUACCGAGUAAUUCCAUACUCAAAUAUAAGGUUUUUUAAAUGUUGUAAUUUUUUAUCGACAGAACUGUUUCUAAAAUAAAAUAUGACUUUCACUUGAUUGGAUUACAAAAUUGUAUUUUUUAUUUAUAUUGUAUUGGUAAGUGAACACACAACUCAUUCUGAUAGAAUUAUGUUACAAAUGAUAAUGCUCAAUGUUUUAUUACUUUGUGAAGGAAAAAUCA